GUAAGGGGGUGUGUCCGCGCGCACCACGGGGGCGCGCGCCGGCCUCUGACUGGAGGCCGCGGCGGCGGAGGCGCGAGCUCCCCGAUAAUGGCGGCCUGCAGAGUCCGUGAGAGAGAGAAGCGGCGGCGGCUACCCUGAGAAACCUUGACCUUGAAGAUGGUGAGUAGCCAGCCAAAGUACGAUCUAAUACGGGAGGUAGGCCGAGGUAGUUACGGUGUUGUAUAUGAAGCAGUCAUCAGAAAGACUUCUGCACGGGUGGCAGUGAAGAAAAUCCGAUGCCAUGCACCUGAAAAUGUUGAACUAGCCCUGCGUGAGUUCUGGGCACUAAGCAGUAUCAAGAGCCAACAUCCAAAUGUGAUUCACUUGGAGGAAUGCAUCCUACAAAAAGAUGGGAUGGUGCAAAAGAUGUCCCACGGCUCUAAUUCUUCCCUUUAUUUACAGCUUGUAGAGACUUCACUAAAAGGAGAAAUUGCCUUUGAUCCCAGAAGCGCCUAUUACUUGUGGUUCGUGAUGGAUUUUUGUGAUGGAGGAGAUAUGAAUGAGUAUCUGUUGUCCAGGAAACCCAAUCGUAAAACUAACACCAGCUUCAUGCUUCAGCUGAGCAGUGCCCUGGCUUUCCUGCAUAAAAACCAGAUCAUCCAUCGAGAUCUGAAACCUGAUAACAUCCUGAUUUCUCAAAGCAGGUUGGAUACCAGUGACUUGGAACCUACCCUGAAAGUGGCUGAUUUUGGUCUUAGUAAAGUUUGUUCAGCAUCUGGGCAGAAUCCAGAAGAACCUGUCAGCGUAAACAAGUGUUUCCUUUCUACAGCUUGUGGAACAGAUUUCUACAUGGCUCCUGAAGUGUGGGAGGGACAUUAUACAGCAAAAGCUGACAUCUUUGCUCUGGGGAUUAUCAUCUGGGCAAUGCUGGAAAGGAUCACCUUCAUAGACACAGAGACAAAGAAGGAACUCUUGGGGAGUUAUGUAAAACAAGGAACUGAGAUUGUGCCUGUUGGGGAGGCACUUCUGGAAAAUCCCAAAAUGGAACUUCUCAUUCCUGUGAAGAAAAAGUCUAUGAAUGGGCGAAUGAAACAACUGAUUAAGGAAAUGCUGGCUGCAAACCCUCAGGAUCGUCCAGAUGCUUUUGAACUAGAACUCAGAUUAGUACAAAUUGCAUUUAAAGAUAGCAGCUGGGAAACGUGACACAUAUAUUAUUUGCAAAUAUCUUGGAUGAUAUGCUGCUUCUGUUUUAACAGUGAUGCAACAUAAUGUGGCUGAAACAGAAUAUAAAAAGCUAAAGUCCACCUUUUAAGGGUUUAGAUUUUAUUGUGGGAGUUUUUUUUUUUUUCCUCAUUUUUCUUAAGUCCAAGCUGGCCAUUCUGUUAAUAUGUUUUAAAAGUGUAUUACCAAUGUGGAUGUAAAUUUUUUUAAAUGACCAUUGGUAGAAGUUUGGCAGGAAAAUUCUCUAUAAGAGCCAAGAAAAGAAGAGUCCAGUUUUCUGGAAAUAUGUCUCUUAAGUAUUUUAGACAUUCCUUGUCAGUAUUAGAAAUUUCCAUGGAAAAAAAGGUUUGCAUGCUGGUAAUGCAACCUUUGAAGCUUUGUAAAGGAAACAUAUAUGUAUAUAUUUAUGUAUAUGUAAGUAUGUGAAUGUGUGCAUUUUGCAUUCCAUAUAAAAAAAAAUGCCACUUCUGUUUAAAUUAUUUGAUGUAGGUUUGGAUUUUUGAGAUUUGCUGGUGAAAUCAGUAAUGAAAAAUAAAAGAACCUUCCCUCUUCCUACCCUGUCCCUCCCUCUAAUGAAAUCAUGCUAAGUUUUUAUUUUUAUAAUGUUAUACAGCUUUUUUUAAGACAUCAUUUUGGAGAGUCCAAAAUUAUCUGGCUAAACGUAAGUGAAAGUAAGUGAUCCAAAGCUGCUGAAGUUUGUUUGAGCUCUCCAGUGCCCUAUAGCUGCAGGAGUUGAAUUAGCCAUGCAAUCAGUGUGGUACCGGUUAGCAAGGACAUUCAUAAUUUAGUCAUACCUUCUUUAGGUAACCAUGCAUUCAAUUAACCAAUUAAACCACUGCAUUGGGACAUGACUGCACUUGAGCAUCUGCAAUCUAAUAUAAGUCUGAACACAGGAUUCUUCUGUUUCUGAAAACGUUGCUGUAUAUAAACUAUAGUAAUUGAUAUAUAUUAACUUUUUAUUUUCAAGACUUUGUCUAAGCCUCAGCGUAAAGCUGAAGAAACCAAAUGAGUUCUAUCCUCACAUUGCCUGCUCUAAUAUGGUCUCCUGUUUAAUCACUGGAAUUCCUUUCGUUUUAGCACUAAUGCUGUUUUCUCUUGUCUAAUUUGACACAGUAAUAGUGGUAGUGUGGUUGUAUUCAGUGUUGACCACCUUUUUCUAAGGUGGGAGGUGAUACCUAUACAGUUUGGCAAAUGGGUAAAAUACUGUGGCAUCAGUUAUGUCUUUCAAAUAGAGAGGUUAUCAGUUUAUACAAUCACUUGGUGUGGUCUAUGUGAAGAACCAAUAGACCAUUAUUCUUCUUGAAGUCAGUCUGGUUUUUAACCCCAUAUGGUUGUCUCCAGUUUUGUUUUUUUUUUUUCCCCCCUGUAAAUGCAGAUAGUUCAAAUCUAAAGGAAGAAAGUUUUCCUAAAACAGAUCAUUAGCCUUUAAGGUUGUUAAUACUUUAAGACCAUUUGUAUAUAGGUUAAUCUCUAUAAAGCACUAGGAUCUUUGGUCAAAAGUUAAAAAAAAAUGUUUAAAGAUAUUAGAAUAUUGAAAUCAUUGAUAGUUCACGUAGUCUCCUCAGUUUUUUUGAACUUCCACAACUUUUGGAAUAUUCCUACCAUAAUUUUUUCCUUAUUUAAAAUGUGUUCAGGGGACUAUAAAAGGUGAAAAAGCACAAAAAAUUGGAGUACAAAAAAUUUCUGAACUAUGCAUUACUUGGUGUGAAGUUUAAAAUUUAGACUGGAAGGUUUUACUUAAAACCUCUUAAAUGAAAAAAAAGAAAAGUACAUUUAACAUUACUUCCAAGCUAAUAAUUAUAAGAAUUAUUUUCAAAAUUGGAGGUGGAAAUACACUGGAACUUCAUGAUAAUUGAUCCUCUGGAUCACCAAAUUAGUAGAACACAGAUCUGGCCAAGUAGAUUGAGUUACUGGAAAUAAAAAAGCAUUACAAUGUCUUAUCAAUAACAUGGCACUUCAGCAGAGAUUCAUGAUGACUUAGGUGAUGGUAUGCCAAUGCUUCAUUUGCUCUUCAAAUAGCUACAUGUCACGGUUUCCUAAGUAGAUAGCAUUUGGUCCCACCUCAUUUAAAGUAGUUAACAAUUAUAAUUUAUUUUUAAAACUAUUUUAAUUUACCUGUGAAGUGGAAUUAUUCCUUUCAUUGGUGGUAAGGAUAUGAGGUGAUCAGGAAGUUUCUUCUGAAAUUUUCUUAAGUCCUUGUAUUCUAAAUAGCCUAUGAUACCAAGAAAAAUGAUAGUAAAUUCUUUGUCUUCAUUCUUUCAGUCAGGAGGUAUUUAUUAAGUACCUACUGUGUGCUCAGCACUAAAGAUCAGUUGAAAAAAUGACAAUUUAAAAAUGGCAUGUAGCCAUGGGCUUUUCCAGCAAGGAGUAAGAAAUAAAGUGAAACUUGGAAAUUCCUGGAUAUUGCUUAGAGGAAAAAUGAAAGCAAGAGUUUGUGCACAGUGCCUUGCCCAUAAUAGGUACUCAAUAAACAAUUGUUCCUCAUAGAGUCUCUUGCCAUGGUUUAUAGUGUUUUAUGAAAUUUGUCUUAAUUGAAAAAAGACCAAAUAUUUCAAAUAAGCUUAUAGGCAGCUGUGGCCAGUUAAAAUAAUGGGAUUGUACAGUUAGUUCCUAGAAUGUUAUUUUGCACUAGUUGUCACUUAGAAGGAUGGGGUUCCUGUAGUUUUUUGGUGCUAAGGGAUACUUUGUCAUUAUGAUAAAGUAAGUGUUAAGUGUCAGAUAAAUAGCACACUGAAUAGUUCUUUCUGCUGGUCUGUUUUUUCCUCUUUGUUGUUGUUGUUGUUUUUAACUGUAAAAUGUUUAUCAAUCAAACUAUUGUAGCAGCUACAAAUAAUUCACCAGCAUGACAAAAUGGUCAAAAAAUAAGUCAUCAGCACUUCAGAAACAAAAGCAACUUUUGAAAUUUUCUUUUAAAAUUGUCAAAUAUAUUUUAUGAAGAAUUUAUAAAAGGGGGAAAUGAUUGUAAUUUAUUGUUCAUGACUGUUUUUUGGUUUUUUUUUUUUUAAUAAAGUGAGUUUCAACAAAAAACCCUGGAAAUAACAUUGCUGCUUGGGUGGCUCUGUGAGUAGUUCCGUAACGCUUUACUUCAUAGAUAUAAAGUACAGCAUAUAAAAUUUGAA